AUGGCGAUGUAUGGCGCUCCAAAUGUCUACCCCAGCAGCCCCAUCAUGCAGCAACCACAGCCUUUCUCACCUAACAAUGGUCAGCCGAUCCAGGCGGGGCAAAUCACCUAUACAUCGACGACCACCCCUGAGGGCAGGAUCAUCUACCAUCCUUUCAACUAUCAGACUCCGAAUGGUGUCGUGACGGGCAUCCAGUGGAUCCCCGCGGAAGCAACUAGUGUGGUCCCUCAAGGUGCUGUACCAGCGAACGCGGAAUUCGAAGCCUCCUGGAGGGGUGGAAGUCAUAGCAGACAAAGCGACAGGGCCCAGAGGGAAUGGCAGAAGGACGAAGAGAGGCGCCGAAGGAAGGAGGAAAAAGAGGCAGCCAAACGAGUUGCUCAAUGGGACAAGGAACGUCGAACCGACAGAGAAGACAGGGAAUACCGCCGUGCUGGCCAGAGGCUCAGCGGGAAUUAUAGCGCCGUACCCGCGGUGGCUGGUUCCACUGGAAGUGGAGGCUACUCUAACCCCUACAGCACUGGUGAACUCGAAUCGCGUCUCGACAAUUUCGACGGUCUCGGACGCAGGGACUACCAACGUGAACGUAGGAACAGUGGCUAUGGUCGCAACCGCCAGAGUGGUUCGUAUGGCGUCGAUGACCGCGGGGAGCCAUACAGCGCCGUACCCUACAGCGCGAGUGCAGGUCCCUACACCUCUGCUGGCUACCCUGCUGGACAGCGCCCUGCCUCUCCUUACAGUAUGCCGGGCAACUUUGGGCCUCCAUCUCCUAGGGCGGCCUCUGCUCCCCUUGGAUAUCCCUCCUCGCCUUCGCGUGCGGCUACAGAUAUCUAUCAGCGUUCUGCCUCGCCUUACCACGGACCCAGCACCAUCCCCAGCGUCUAUAACGAUGGUGGUCAGCGCUCCAGAGCUCCGUCGCCCAUGCCCAUGCCAGGUGGUAUAGGUGGUAUAGGUGGUGGUAUAGGUGGUGGCGGUUUCUCGCGUUCGCGUGCAGCCUCCCCCAUCCCUGGUGCGGUCCCUUAUGCUCGCUCCAGGGCUGCGUCACCCAACCCCGGCUAUAUUCCUCGCUCCAGAGCUGCCUCUCCCGUCCCAGGAUACGGUGCUGGAGGAUACGGCUCUGGGAUGCCCCAGGCCACGAUCCCCGGUCGUGGUCCCUCUCCUCGUCCCUCUCCUCGCAUGGGCGGAAACGCCGCGUUGAUGUCUUACCCGCAAGACACUCAACAACCACUUCGCCCUCCCGAGGGUUUCAACCGUCCACCUAACCUUGCCCAAGCCUAUACCUGGUUCGACAUCAUGAAGAUUCAAGACAUGGACGACUUCUUCGAUACUAUGCCCAGGAUGCCCCUCGUCUUGGUGCCACACGAUGUGUACCACGAGGAUUGGAUCCGGUUCAUGCAGGAUCUUGGUCUUGCCUGGGCUGGCAAGCUACCCACCGCCGAUCCCGGCCGUGCGGGCCACAAUCCCAGGCGCUCCAGGAUGACCUCGGAGCUGAUCGACCUGUGGAACACCUCGUUCUUCAUCCAGCGUGGUGUCGAGGUCGUGCUCUUCAAAGGUCGCGAGCGUCGCUCCGGAACACACGCCGGCAUCGUCGAGGCUCGUCUUCCUGGCUUCGACUCUGACGACGAAGAUUCCUCCUCUGAGUCGUCCUCCGAGUCUGAUUCUGAUCUUUCAGACGAUCGGUAUGGUCGAGGCGUGGCGUCACCCUAUGGCCCGUACGGCCGCCAACCGGACCCGUACUCUUCUGAGGUUCGGGAUGCGAAGAGGAGGCGCCGCGAGAGGAAGCAGGAGAAGAAGCGUAGGCAUAAGGAGAAGAAGGCGAAGAAGAAGGCCUUGGAGAGGGAAAAGAAGUAUGCGUUGUACAUCACCUGCGUUCCCCUCAGAGACGGCGGAGCAGUUUACUGA